CCGGUUUCGUUCUAGUCCUGCCGAGAGAAGGAAAAAAAAAGACAGAGCAGAACGCGGCGGCGACAUCACCGCUCGCCGCGAUGCGUCCGCUCGCCAGGCUCCACAGCCACCUCUCCCUCUCUCUCCUCCGCCGCCACUCCCCGCGCCACGCGUGGCCUCCCGCCGCCGAAGCACCCUUUCUCUGCCGGGGGCUUGCCUCUUCGUCGUCCUCCGCCGCCGCGGCGGACCGGGAGAGGAGCUCGAGGCGGACGCUGGGGUACCUGCUCGGCGUGGCGGUCGCGAUGGUCGGCGCCUCCUACGCUGCCGUCCCGCUGUACCGCCGCUUCUGCCAGGCCACCGGAUACGGCGGCACCGUCCAGCGCCGGGAGAGUGUGGAGGAGAAGAUCUCACGGCAUGCUCGAGAUGGAACUACGGUGUCGAGAGAGAUAAUAGUCCAAUUUAAUGCUGAUGUUGCUGACGGAAUGCCAUGGAAGUUCAUUCCUACACAGAGAGAGGUCAAGGUUAAACCUGGUGAGAGUGCUCUGGCAUUUUAUACAGCUGAAAAUCGCAGUUCUGCUCCAAUUACUGGUGUCUCCACAUACAAUGUUGCUCCGAUGAAGGCUGCGAUUUACUUCAAUAAGAUACAAUGUUUUUGCUUUGAGGAGCAAACACUUCUUCCAGGGGAGCAGAUUGACAUGCCAGUAUUCUUCUACAUCGAUCCUGAGUUUGAGACAGACCCCAAAAUGGAGGGGGUGAACAAUAUAGUUCUUUCAUAUACGUUCUUUAAAGUGAACGAUAGUUAGUUGUAGCAACAUUUUAAAUUACGCAAAUAAUAUUUGUUGUAUUUCAACACUUCAUCAAUCUGUAUUCUGCAAAAUCGAAACUGCCAUCUCAUGUAACACCAAGAGAAAAGUUUGUUUAUUGUGUUGCUAAA